AUGACUAAAGAAAAUACAGAAAAUUCUUUGGAAAAUAUUAAAGCUGCAACUCACUGGAAAAUGCGAUAUGCUAAUAGUAGUGAUAACUGUUGGAAAACUUCAACUGGUCAACAAGUGAAAGCAUCAGUGACAGAGAUCCAUCCCUCUGCAGGACUACUAUCUGCUAACGGGAUCAUCAGCAGCAUGAGCAAGUUGAGCAAGACCCGUGUAACUCAUGUAAAUCAAAGUGACAAGCAUUACUUUAGAAGAAGCAGAUCUGAAGUAGGCAUAAAACAGUGUAGAAAUGAAAAGAUCAAUUCAGUGGUAAGCACUGGGAAGAAGCAGGCAUGGAAAACCCAGUCACCCAUGACAAUCAAAUCACCCCAGUUAUUACAGAAAACCAGAAAAUUACCACUGAAUUCGACUAACCGAAUUAACACAAUUAACAAACAAAUACUGACAAGCAGUCGAAAUAGAAGGCAUAAAAGUGCUUCGUUAUUAAAUAGAAAGCAGCCAAUUUUAAUUAUUGUGUUAAAUGAAUCCAGAAGAGGUGACAGUCCAGAGAAGAAAUAUCAUACUUUUACGAGGAACUGUGUAGCUACCUCAGUGAAUGUUGAAAAAGAGAACAUGGAUGUUAUCCGGGAAUGUGAAGAAAAGCCUCAAUACAGUAGUAAAACAGUGGUUAUCGUCAAUGAGAAAAUAUCCCUCUGCAAACCAGAUCUACUAAAGCGACAGCUGAUUCAACAAAGUACUCCGGAAAAUAUUCUUCUCUCGUCAUCACAAUCCCAUAAUAAUAAUAUUGGAGAUGAUUUUUUCAAGUUGAUAUUAAUUCCGAAUUUAAUACAAUAUACAAUACUUCACUCCUGUGAGACUGAAAUCACUUCAGACGUUCUCAGUGAAAACAUUAUUGGUGAAGAUUUGUGCAGUGUAAUGGAACUGCAGAAUUUAUCAGUACAUCAACCACAGUAUCACGUAUUAAUGUUUGAAGAAAAUUCAGCAGUGUUUAUUACUCAUGGUUCAGCUGGCAAUAGCUGGACUGAAGAGAUGCAAAUAUCACUGCAAAGCUGCACUGAUGAUGAUAGUAAUAGUAAUGAACAACACAAUGAGCCUACUGCUGCUGCUGUUCCGACUAAUACAGUAAUCUACAUCACCUUAAUCGACCGAAAAGAAUUAAAGAACAGACUGAGUAUACUUCAACAGGUAGAAGAACAGUACAAAGGUGAACAGGUCACACAGAUCAUUGCGAGUGAUAAUGUUAACAUUGACAACUUAAUUGUGAUGCCACUGUCACAGACUUAUCCAGCUUGCAGUAAACAACAUCAAGAAGUGAACAUCACUGAAAAGAUAUCUGAACAACCAGCAACCGUGGAAUCCAGUGGAAUAUCAAACCUUGAAUUAUUAAAAUCACAUUAUGAAAAAGGUAAUUUUGUACGAAGUCAUUUCAGCCCUGUUCAAGCAGAUGAAAAGAACUCUACUGUAAAUGAUGUAGCACAGCGACCUCUUGUUGCUGCUAAAGAUCAUUCGCAAAUGAACAACAUCUCUGAUCAUCAUCAUUAUCAUCAGUCAGUAGAAGUUCGGCAGUUCAAUCGUAAGACUGACACCGCCAGUGGAUUCAGCAAUUGGUUAGUCAAGUUUAUAAAUUCGGGGUGUAUUAUAAGGCGUAAAAAACAAAAACCAUUUCCCCGAAAAUCUGUAAGUGAUGAGUCCAUCUUACCGCCCGUUUCACAGAAUAUCAAUGGUGUAUUGUCACUGAAAGAUGUUUCAUAUCUGUUGAGUUUACUGUCUAACACCGAUGAACAUAAGUAUUUACUCAAUGCACCCGAGAUAAAAUCAGUGCUCUUAAAUGUACAGCAGCUAAUAAAAUUAAAACAUGAAGGCAUAGAUCCUAAAAGAAUUUCAAAUGAUGAUCGCCAGGAUUUUACAAACAAACUGUUACAUAGUAUUAAAACACAAAUACGCUUUGGCGACGAAGACGCUAUCCAUGAAGACAACCAGGGACAAGAAGACUGUAUAAAUAUCAGUGAAAUAGGAAAUAGGAAAUCAAAUUCACUGAGGAGGGAAUCACCUGUAAUGCACGAUGCAAUAAAAACCCUGAGUGAAUAUAAGCCUUCUUCAAAUGAUAAACGUCAAGUGGCAGUUGAACUGAAACAACACCAGAAACAAGAGACACCAUCGUCGUCAGUGCUUACCGACAAAACGGACCAGCCAAUUAUGCGACAUAAAUAUAAACACUUAAAACAAAUAAAGCAAAAACAAUUAAAAAAGAAGGCCUCAACAAAUAUUACCAAUUUAUUGUUGAAAUUAAUCGACAGAAAACGCCAAAAUAUUGUUCAUAAUAACGACAGUCAACAGGAGAAAAGAGAGAGAAUUGCUGUUAGAAGUUUGCCAGCAGAUGGGACAUUGCAUCCUAAAGAAAAAGAUGAUAAUAAAACUUCAUCGUCAACAGGAUACUCUGGUAUAAGAAAAUCUGUAUUUUUUGUCAAGCAGAAACCAACAGUUGACAUUGAAUCGGAAGAAGAUAGUGUUAUCCGUGAAUAUCAUCUACCAGACACUAGCAUCUUUCCAAGAAGUAGAAGUAAAACAACUGUGGGAAAUAAACCAGGCCAGGCAGAAGAAGUCCAGGCUAUAGCUAUAAUUUGUGUGGACAAUACAGUUUUAGAGGUUGCACUUGAAAGACUCUACACAUCUACAUUUGAAACACCUUCGACUCAGGAAUGCGAUCAAACAGCGGGAAUGUUCAUUGUUAUAAUUGAUAAGUACAAAGUAGAAAUACAAGCCAUAAAACGCCAUGAUAACUAUAUUCGUGAAACCGAUACAAUGAAAUUCGUAGACACAAGUAACAGACAAAUUAUCCUCCAAUUACAACCUGUACAACAAGAUAUAAACAAUUUAGAAAUAUUAGAAAGAAUGCAAGAUUCAAUUCAAUGGAUGUUGGUAAGCGAAGAACAAUCACCUGAACAAAAUUAUUUAAUGUGUACAAUAAGCUUACGUUUAUUUAGUGAGCUGGAAAAGCGUGGACACGAACAGCUGCUACAAAUCGAAGAUGAAUUAUCUAAUACACUAUCAGAGUCUAUCAUAAAACACCAGGUGAACUCGCUGCAUAGUUUUGCAGUAUAUAGGCCUGCAUAUAGAUGUUUUCCAGCUUAUAGUAGGAUACCAUUCAGUGAACCGCCAGGAUUAUAUUGUGGUGAAAGAUGGUCGCUAGCCAAAUUGGUUUACAGUAAUUGA